CGAGCUGAGAGGCGCGGAGGGCGCGACCGGCGGGCCGGGCGGAGGGGUCCGCGCUGCCUUUGGGGCUCCAGUCCGCGCGCCAGGGCGCGGGCAGCACCGCGGGUCCCUCGGGCGGGCCCCGGCUCUGGGACGCUGAGCACGUCCCGGGGCGCCGGGACCAUGGCGCUGCGCGCCCGGGCGCUGUACGACUUCAGGUCGGAGAACCCCGGCGAGAUCUCGCUGCGGGAGCAUGAGGUGCUAAGCCUGUGCAGCGAGCAGGACAUCGAGGGCUGGCUCGAGGGAAUCAACAGCCGCGGCGACCGCGGCCUCUUCCCGGCCUCGUACGUGCAGGUGAUCCGCGCCCCCGAGCCCGGCCCGGCCGGCGACAGCGGCCCAGGCGCCCCGGCUCGCUACGCCAACGUGCCGCCCGGCGGCUUCGAGCCCCUGCCCGCCGCGCCGCCCGCCUCCUUCAAGCCGCCGCCCGACGCCUUCCAGCCGCUGCUGCAACCGCAGCAGGCGCCGCCGCCGAGCACCUUCCAGCCGCCGGGCGCGGGCUUCCCGUACGGCGGGGGCGCCCUGCAGCCGUCGCCGCAGCAGCUCUACGGCGGCUACCAGGCCAGCCAGGGCAGCGACGAUGACUGGGAUGACGAGUGGGACGACAGCUCCACGGUGGCGGACGAGCCCGGCGCGCUGGGCAGCGGCGCGUACCCGGACUUCGACGGCUCUUCGUCGGCGGGCGCGGCCGGCCGCUACCGCCUGUCCACGCGCUCGGAUCUGUCGCUGGGCUCCCGCGGCGGCUCGGCGCCCCCGCAGCACCACCCGUCGGGGGCCAAGAGCUCCGCCACCGUGAGCCGCAACCUCAACCGCUUCUCCACCUUCGUCAAGUCCGGCGGAGAGGCCUUCGUGCUCGGCGAGGCGUCGGGCUUCGUGAAGGAUGGGGACAAGCUGUGCGUGGUGCUGGGGCCCUACGGCCCCGAGUGGCAGGAGAAUCCCUACCCCUUCCAGUGCACCAUCGACGACCCCACCAAGCAGACCAAGUUCAAGGGCAUGAAGAGCUACAUCUCCUACAAGCUGGUGCCCACGCACACGCAGGUGCCGGUGCACCGGCGCUACAAGCACUUCGACUGGCUGUACGCGCGCCUGGCCGAGAAGUUCCCGGUCAUCUCGGUGCCCCACCUGCCCGAGAAGCAGGCCACCGGCCGCUUCGAGGAGGACUUCAUCUCCAAGCGCAGGAAGGGCUUGAUCUGGUGGAUGAACCACAUGGCCAGCCACCCGGUGCUGGCACAGUGCGAUGUCUUCCAGCACUUCCUGACGUGCCCCAGCAGCACCGACGAGAAGGCCUGGAAACAGGGCAAGAGAAAGGCGGAGAAGGACGAGAUGGUGGGCGCCAACUUCUUCCUGACGCUGAGCACGCCCCCCGCUGCCGCCCUCGACCUGCAGGAGGUGGAGAGCAAGAUCGACGGCUUCAAGAGCUUCACCAAGAAGAUGGACGACAGCGCGCUGCAGCUCAACCACACGGCCAACGAGUUCGCGCGCAAGCAGGUGACGGGCUUCAAGAAGGAGUAUCAGAAGGUGGGCCAGUCCUUCCGCGGCCUCAGCCAGGCCUUUGAGCUGGACCAGCAGGCCUUCUCGGUGGGCCUGAACCAGGCCAUCGCCUUCACCGGGGAUGCCUACGACGCCAUCGGCGAGCUCUUCGCGGAGCAGCCCAGGCAGGACCUGGACCCCGUCAUGGACCUGUUAGCGCUGUAUCAGGGGCACCUGGCCAACUUCCCGGACAUCAUCCACGUUCAGAAAGGAGCUCUUACCAAAGUAAAGGAGAGUAGGCGGCACGUGGAAGAAGGGAAGAUGGAGAUCCAGAAGGCUGAUGGCAUUCAGGAUCGCUGUAACACUAUUUCUUUUGCCACUUUGGCUGAAAUUCACCACUUCCAUCAAAUUCGAGUAAGAGACUUUAAAUCACAGAUGCAACAUUUCUUACAACAACAAAUAAUAUUUUUCCAAAAAGUGACCCAGAAGUUGGAAGAAGCUCUUCACAAAUACGAUAGUGUUUAAUGACUGGACGUUGGAUUGUGGACUUUUUUUCAAGUUAAAGGAUAAUUUCUACAGCAGAAUAAAAACUGCUAUCAAAGAGCUAUUGCCAACUAUCGGUGGUGGUACAAGGAUGGUUUUGUGUUCAACUGAAACGCAGCUGAAUAUAUAAUUAUGUAGGAAAUAAACAGUUAAUAUGGUUAUGUAAUAGAAACAGUACCACACAUUGUAACUAAAUUAUACUAUGUAUGCCUACACUACCAUUGUAACUUUUGGAAUAAUGAUUAUACUAUUUGCCUUAUUGCUUUUUGAAGUAUGAGUAUUUUAGUGCAUACUUUGUAGACCUCAAAACCCACGAAGGGUCUCAAAGAAGCUGGCUGGAUAAAAGCCUGCUGUGGAUGCCUUUUUACUCUCACAGAUUGGGAUUACCUAAAUUCAACCUGUUCUCUGUUUACAACUCCAACUAGAGCAGCUAUGCGACUUUG